AUGGUAAAACACCUACGUCGAGCUAAUGAGAUUGCUAAACGAGCUCGAUCAUUUGGACAUCAUCCGUUUGGAGCAAUUCUUGUUGGACCAGAUCAUGAAACUAUUUUAUUGGAACAAGGCAAUGUUGAUACUAUCAACCAUGCUGAAUCAACCCUAUUAAGAACAGCUAAUACAAAUUUUUCUGCCCAGUAUCUAUGGAAUUGUACGUUAUAUACAACAUUUGAACCUUGUGUGAUGUGCGCCGGAACAAUGUAUUGGACAAAUAUUGGACGAUUAGUGUAUGGAGUGAAUGAAAAACAAUUAUUACGACUGACUGGUAACAAUGAGCAAAAUCCAACUUUAGACAUACCUUGUCGUUAUAUUUUCGAUCAUGGUCAGAAAAAGAUCAGGGUUUGGGGACCAAUUGCAGAGCUCGAGAGUGAACUCAUUGAAAUUCAUCAUGAUUUUUGGAAAUAG